ACUGUCGUGGGGUGUUUCAGUGUAUAAAAUCGUUGUGAAAAUGCCUCCUAAAGCAAGCGGAAAAGCUGUGAAGAAAGCUGGAAAAGCUCAAAAGAAUAUCAGCAAGACUGAUAAGAAAAAGAAGAGGAGGAGAAAGGAAAGCUAUGCAAUCUAUAUCUACAAAGUGCUGAAGCAAGUCCAUCCUGAUACUGGAAUUUCCAGCAAAGCGAUGAGCAUCAUGAACAGUUUCGUGAAUGAUGUAUUUGAGCGAAUUGCUGCUGAAGCUUCACGCCUAGCGCAUUAUAAUAAGCGAUCGACCAUCACAUCCCGGGAGAUCCAAACUGCUGUCAGACUUUUGUUGCCUGGUGAAUUAGCAAAGCACGCUGUUUCUGAAGGCACCAAAGCGGUUACUAAAUACACCAGUUCGAAGUAAACGCCGCUACAUGUUCCUCCAAUCGGUCCUUUUAAGGGCCAACAAUUUUUAUUACGUAAACCACCUCCUUUCUAACAUUUUCUUAAUUUUUACUCCGUGAUAUAUGAUAUUAAUAAAAAUUCUCACAGCUGUUUUCGCAUAA